AUGGACACGGUACUUGUCCUCUUGGAUCACCUGCUCAACCACUGCUUGUGGCGCAUCAAACGGCACAUUAACAAGGCCACAGACACUAACAAUCUGCCUGCGGAGCGGCCUUCCGAAAAAGACAUUAGUGCAUCGUUAAUGCUCAUGUACUAUGAGCUUUUGCAUCCGACUUUCAUCGGGAGUUGGAUGACACACUUCAAGGCGUGCUGUCAACUGCUGGUUUUGAGGGGGCCAGAGAACUGCCAAGAUGGACCAUGUCAUGCCAUGUUUAGGUCGUUAAGGUUGAUAAUGGCUCACGUAUUAACCCGAACUGCUUCUGGUGCAUGUUUCAACACCAAGGACUGGUACACUGUGCCAUUUGCGAAAUCGACAAAGGCAGCAACAGAUAUGUUGAUCGACAUCAUUUAUGGCGUAUUCAAUCUUGAAACUGUGGUCUCUGCUGAAGACGAAGAGCCGGAACGCUUGCUGCCGCAGCUCGAUGCACUCCUCGACGCCGUUGCCUAUAGCGAGCAAUCAUACGCCAGAGAAUCACGAACGACGUCUCAGCAUUCUUUACCGUUCCAUUUUGAUCAAGUAGAGCUUGCCGAAGAGGAAUUCUGGCUCAGCGGAGGAGACUUCUGCUCGACGACGCUUGAAGCAGCAUUCCAUGCGGUUCGGAUCAUGAUCUAUCAUUUGAUCUUGAAGAGACGACCGUGUACUGAUCUCGUGGUUGAGUCCAUCGUGAGAUGCGCGUCGCUCUUGGCCUUUGCAGACGCUCUUUUCACGCGUAAUCUCCAGGACCGACUUAAUACUGGCUCCUGCGUUCAGAUGGUUUUUCCACUCGAGAUGGUCUCUUGGUACAGCCCGUGUCCGCAUCAAAGACAAAAGGCGAGGGAUAUUCUCGAGCGGUUAGGCUGGGUACAGUUAGCUUCCUGA